CAUAACCACAUGACGUAUUACACAUUCAUCGUUCAGGAAGGGAAACAGAAAUGGCACCGACAGUUAUUAGAUUGUGCUGUGCUGCCUUUAGAUGGACACCAGUUGUUUUUAUAUCAGCUAUAGUUGUCUGGUCAUAUUAUGCGUAUGUUGUUCAAAUGUGCUUUUUGACUGUUGACAGUGUUGCAGAAAAGGUUAUAUACUUGUUACUGUAUCACCCGUUCUUACUGAUGUUUGUCUGGUCUUAUGGUAAAACAAUAUUCACACCUGUAGGAACUGUACCAAAAAGGUUUUAUUUAUCAAAACAAGAUGCUGACAGGCUGAUGAGGGAGAAUAAUGAAGAGGUUCAGAAGAAUAUUCUCAUAGAUUUUGCCAGAAAUUCUAACUUACCUGUACAAAAUAGAACCCAUUCUGGAGCACCAAGAUAUUGUGAGAAAUGUAAAUGUAUAAAGCCAGAUAGAUGUCAUCAUUGUUCAGUCUGUGGUACAUGUGUUUUAAAGAUGGACCAUCAUUGUCCUUGGGUGAAUAACUGUGUGGGAUUUACAACAUACAAAUUCUUCGUGAUGUUUUUGGGCUAUGCUCUAGUUUACUGUAUAUAUGUAGCUCUUACUUCAUUGAAAUAUUUCAUUGCAUUUUGGACGAGUGGUGUUGGCCACAAUAUGGGAAAAUUCCAUAUUCUAUUCCUGUUUUUUGUAUCGGUGAUGUUUGCUAUAAGUCUAAUAUCACUAUUUGGAUAUCAUUGUUAUCUCACUGUAAAAAAUCGUUCCACGCUAGAAUCUUUUAGAUCACCUAUAUUUUCCUCUGGGCCAGACAAGAAUGGUUUCAGUCUAGGAAAGUACAAUAACUUUAUAGAAAUAUUUGGGGAAAAUAAGAAAUUGUGGUUUAUCCCAGUAUUUACAAGUGAAGGAGAUGGGGUGACUUUCCAAACACAAACCACAAGUACAUCCAGCUCUUAUCAAACAAUGGGGACGACAAGUCCAUCAACUAUUCCAAGUUCAGGAGAUGGCGUAGUAUAUCCAACACGAACAAUAGAUCUGGAUAGUGACGGUUUAUUGGCUGAUAGACAACGGUGGAUGGAGGAAGGUGACCUUGACAACCAUAUGGAAAAUGGAACAAACAUGACAUCUUCUAAUCAGAAUUUGAUCACAACUCUACAGGAGUGAUCUUUCUUUGUUUAAAACAAGGAUAUGGAUCAUAUAACAGACAUGGUGACAAUGUAAGACUAGAAUAUUAGAAAUAGACUAUAAAAAAAAAUUUUCUCUGACAAAGAUGGAAGGAGAUUCGGCUUGAUCCCAGAAUUUCCAAGAAGUGAUUUAGUAAAAACAGAGGAUACCAGCUCAAGAUUAUACACCACUUCUUGAGACUGUAGUAAUUGUUAUACAGGGUACAAGUAAAAAAAUUCUGGAACAGUACAGUCAUGCUAGAAGAAAAGACAACAGUUCAAAUGGAUUGCAAAACAAAACGAAAAGAGUAGAAAAGUUUUAUAAUAAAACAUAUACACAUGAAUCAUGCUUACGAGAUAUGUUGAAGAAUCUCCAGUUUUAGAUUUCCACUGUGUCUAACUGGUUGAGAUUUCCACUGUGUCUAACUGGUUGCAAUUAUGACCAAUAACAAUAAAGAAAUGCCGUUUUUUAAGCAAACACAUUGAAUUAAUGCUGCUUUAGUUGUGUGAUAAUUUCUUAUUUUACAUAUCCUGUUAAACACAGUGAUUUUUUGAUGCAUUCACAUCAUGUCUUGAAUCAAGAUGUUUAAAUUUGAACUUUUUUUCUGACACCACAUACAAAUUGACCCGUGCAAGAAGUGAAAUAGAUAAUAAAUCUAGUUUAUAACAUAAUGAGCACAUUUAAUUUCUUUUAGGCUUAGGCACAUAGAUUUUCACACUUUCUUCAAUUUUCAGAAUUUUUAGAUCUGUACUACUCUCUGUAAUUUCAUAUGUAGAAAAUCCUAUACACAUAUGUUCAAAUAUGUAAAUCAAUAUCGAUAUGCUUUACACAAGUUUUAUGUACACAUUUUGAAAAAUAUCAGUGUAUGUACAUAUAUAUCAGGUUAAUGUGUAAAUGUGUUUGCAUAUGUGUAAUAAUGUUAAGUAUUUUAUAAUGUGUUGUAAAAAUGUUGAUGCAUUUCUUUAACCAAAGGUAUUGUUUACAAGUGUUUUUUUUAUGUUUUGUAAAUAAAACUAUACAUAUAAAUAUUGACAUUGUGAUAUGUGCAAGUACAAAUGCCAAAAUAUGUUUCAACAUAUUUUACAUUUUCAUGUGUAUAUAAACAUUGUGUUUUCUGAUACUAUUUUUAGAACAAUAUCAACAUUUUUAUCAAUCUAAUGAUUUAAGAAGUAAAACAAAGAAAUAAAUAAAAACAUGUCAUAGAAGUAAGAAAUGUUAUGUUAAUCCAUUGCCUGCUGGCAGCAACUUAUUUAAACCAUGUGACUUGUGCAGAUCAAAAUCGGCCAGCGCAUUACUGUGUGAUCUUGGUAUGCACUGUUCUCUGUCCAGUCAAUACAUAUUAUGAGAUUAACACUGAAUUGAUGAAAUGGCACUGUCCAGAUUGAAUUAUAGGAUAAGAUGGACAAGUCUAUUAAGAUAAUAAGGGGAAAAUGGGUUACCUAAGGCUAUCAGUUUAAUAGAUGUUUAAUCAAGUAGUAAUCACAUCAUAAACUUGUAUUGGAUUUUUGUUGUUUGGUAGAUUUUCCUUUAUUUUCCUUUUUUU